CCCUGUAUUGGGCCACUACUACAACAACACUCCACAUUGACCACCACAACACAUCCCCUCUCUCUCUCUCUCUCUCUCUCUCUCUCUCUCUCUACUCUCCCUCUUUUCCUUUCCUAAACCCCCCCCUCUCUCUCUCUCUCUCUCUCUCUCUCUCUCUACACACACACACCAAAGAAGAAGAUCUAGGGAGAAAGAUAGUAAGGGGCUAGCUUCUAGAACAAUGGGAAAGAGAACAAUAUCCAGGCUCUCGAUCUCGAUCUCUCCUCGUCGUCGUCUUCAUCAUCAUCAUCAUCGUCAUCAUCAUCAACAUCAACAUGAAGAUCAUCAGCAUCAUCUCCUCCUCUUUCUCGUGUCUCUCGCAUUGCUCGCAUCUUCCAACACCUGCAACUGCGACGACCCCUACCGCUUCUUCACCUGGAACGUCACCUACGCCGACAUCUGGCCCCUCGGCGUCAAGCAACAGGGAAUAUUGAUAAACGGGCAAUUCCCCGGCCCCCAGAUCGAGGCGGUGACGAACGACAACGUCAUCAUCAACGUCUUCAACUCUCUCUCCGACCCCUUCCUCAUCUCCUGGAACGGGAUACAGCAGCGGCGGAACUCGUUCGAGGACGGCGUGUACGGGACGACGUGCCCGAUCCCGCCGGGGAGGAACUUCACUUACGUGCUGCAGAUGAAGGACCAGAUCGGCAGCUUCUUCUACUUCCCCUCGGUCGGCACGCAGAAGGCCGCGGGGGGCUUCGGCGGCAUCCGCGUCCUCAGCCGCCCCCUCAUCCCCGUCCCCUUCCCCCCGCCCGCCGCCGACUACACCCUCCUCAUCGGCGAUUGGUUCAAGGCCAACCACACCGAUCUGAAAUACAUACUCGACAGCGGGCGAAAUCUCCCGUUCCCCGAUAGUCUCCUAAUCAAUGGCCGUGCAUGGAACGGAAACACAUUUACCGUUGAGCAAGGUAAAACGUACCGGUUCCGGAUAACGAACGUCGGGCUAUCGACAUCGUUGAACAUAAGGUUUCAAGGGCACUUGAUGAAGCUCGUCGAAGUUGAAGGAUCCCACACCUUACAAAACAGCUUCUCCUCACUUGAUGUGCAUCUGGGGCAAUCUUACUCUGUGCUUGUCACUGCUGAUCAACCUGCUUUUGACUACAGCAUUGUGGUUUCGACCCGAUUCACUAGCACUAUCCUCACCACCACCGCGGUCCUUCACUAUGCCAACUCCGCGGGGAAGGCCCCCGGACCUCUCCCCGGCGGACCCACUAUUCAGAUCGAUUGGUCGCUUAAUCAGGCCAGAUCUAUUCGAUGGAACCUUACAGCUAGUGGACCGAGACCGAACCCGCAGGGAUCAUACCACUACGGGCUCGUCAACACGACUCGAACCAUACGACUCGCAAACUCCGCGCCAGUUAUCAACGGCAAGCAGAGAUACGCCGUCAACAGCGUGUCGUUCAUCCCCGCCGACACUCCUCUAAAGCUCGCCGACUACUACAAGAUCCCCGGCGUUUUCUCCGUAGGAAGCAUCCCCGAUAGCCCCACCUUCGGCGGCGGUUACCUUCAAUCAUCGGUCAUGGGCGCGAAUUACCGAGAUUACGUGGAGAUCGUUUUCGAGAACUACGAGGACUCUGUUCAAUCUUGGCACAUUGAUGGAUACUCAUUCUGGGUUGUUGGGAUGGACGGCGGGCAAUGGUCGUCGGCAAGUAGGAAAAGCUACAAUUUAAGAGAUGCUGUUGCUCGGUGCACCGUCCAGGUGUACCCGAAAUCGUGGAGUGCGAUCUACAUGCCGCUGGACAAUGUGGGGAUGUGGAACGUCCGGUCGGAGAACUGGGUGCGUCAGUACUUGGGCCAGCAGUUCUAUCUCCGCGUCUACACCCCGUCGACGUCGUGGCGCGACGAGUACCCGAUCCCGCGGAAUGCUCUCCUCUGCGGUCGCGCCUCGGGCCGCCGUACCAGGCCGUUCUGAUCGCCUGCACACCGUCUCCGGUCGCUGACGAUCGCUGACGCUCGUCACGAGGGGGUGACGAAAAUCGCAGCAGAGAGAUCAGAGAGGCUCGGCUCGAGCCACCUCUUCGUAUAAUUCAGAUUAUACCGAAAUUCGCAACCUUUUUUUUGGCUUUUUAUUUUUUCUACCUCUGCAGUAUUUGGCUAUUUAGCUGUGGUUAAUUAUUAAACUAGUCAGUAUGUUAAGAUGUUCGAAAUCAAAAAAUCCUGUUUUUUUUUUUACCUCCAUGCAUUGAUUGUAAGAAAUUUGAGUUGUGAAACUGAGGCUUGAGAAUUGAGUUUAUAGACCAUAAAUUUGGUUUCUAAAUA